AUGGAUUCCGUCAGUGCAUCCGGUGCCCAGCGGCAGGACGAGGGCCUCCGUGAGCGGAUCCGGUCAUCUCAGGCGGUCGACGUCAACGCUGUUGACCAGGCGCUAGCGACUGCUGGCUACGGCGUGACCACCGACAGUAGGAAAAACGACAACAAGAAGACCUUUGGAAGGACUCCGGAUGGAACUGUCUUUACCGUGCCCCAGACCCAUGACAUGGUCUCACAACUGCUUUCUCCAACUGAACCCAAGACUGUAUCCGAUUUCGUGGUUCUCGCAAUUCUUGCUACCCACAUAUUAAUUUUCGUGGCUCUUGCACCAGAGGCGAGAAUCUCAGUCUUUGCGGCAAUAUACAUGUUCUGGAGAACCUCAUACAAUGGCGGAAUUGGAUGGCUACUACACAACCAGUCACAUCAUAAUACUAUGGUAAGAUGGGCUACCAAGUCUAAGAUCUUUGUCAACCCAUCGACGGGCGAGAACCCUCACCCAACACUUUACCGGCUGUUGAAAAGAGACAUGGAGACUAUGAUUCCCGAAGAUUACUCUUUCGACGACGCCCCCUUAGAAUACAACACCUGGCUCGUCUUCCGACGCAUCGUCGAUGUUAUCCUGAUGUGCGAUUUCGCGUCGUACUGUCUCUUUGCCCUAGCAUGUGGAAGUCGCCCGGAGAAUGAGACCGCCCUAAUGACCACGCUCAGAUGGGCGGCCGGUUGGGUUUUGGUACUAUUUAAUCUCUGGGUCAAGCUUGAUGCCCAUCGAGUGGUUAAAGACUUUGCAUGGUACUGGGGUGAUUUCUUCUUCCUCAUUGACCAGGAACUCACAUUUGAUGGAGUCUUCGAAAUGGCACCACACCCUAUGUAUUCUGUAGGCUACGCUGGUUAUUAUGGAAUCUCCUUGAUGGCCGCCAGCUAUAAAGUGCUAUUCAUCUCAAUCAUCGCCCACGCAGCUCAGUUCGCAUUCUUGGUCCUGGUGGAAAACCCACACAUUGACCGCGUCUAUAAUCCACCGCCACCUCGUAAGCGCUCCAUUCAACACGACAGCAAGGAUCUGCAUGCUCUCAACAACUCGCAGACUUCCCCAAUAAGCGACUCGUUUCCUGCAACCCCAGACGACAAAGCCGCAAUGCGACAACCUGCUCCUUCAUCCGUACAUAAUCUUCUCGGCCUACAUAAUCUGGAUCUUCAUAGAGUAACAGACUCAUCCGUCAUUCUUAUCCAGCUACUUGUCUUCGCCUUAACGGUGCUUACCCCGUCUACUCCAUUUUAUCAAUAUCUCUUCGUGGCCAAUGCUGCGAUUUGGAGAUGCUGGUAUUCCAUAGGCAUUGGGUACAUUCUCCAUCGUCAGUCCAAGUAUAAAUCGUGGACCCGCCAUUUUGUCAAGUACGGCGAGAACACGGACGAGGCGUGGCGUCAGUGGAAAGGCUCCUAUCAUCUUAGCAUGACCAUGUGCUAUGCUAGCUUUAUUGCCGCCACAUGGAAAAUGUAUACUAUGCCAUCUGACUGGAACCAUGGCCUUGCUCUACUCAAGCACACGCUAGGCUUCAGCUUGGUAGCGUUGCAAAUCUGGACCUCUGUGAGCAUUUAUGAUUCGCUGGGUGAAUUCGGAUGGUUCUUUGGAGAUUUCUUCUUUGAUGCCCAGUCCAAGUUGACCUAUAGUGGUAUUUACCGUUUCCUCAAUAAUCCCGAACGUGUUCUGGGUCUGGCUGGUUUAUGGGGCGCUGCUUUGAUUACUAGCAAAGGUGCUAUCAUUUUCCUUGCGCUGCUCAGUCAUGUCUUGACGCUCGCCUUCAUCCAGCUGGUCGAACGGCCUCAUAUGCAGAAGCUCUACGGGAGAAGUCUACGACAAGAUGCAGGUCUAGUAAAGAGUCUGAAACGAUCAUUACCUCCACCAUUACAACAAUUGGGAGGUAGCGUUGAUCGUAUGAUGGAUGAAUCCUUUGAGUUCGUCGAAGAACUCCUAGACUCUGCUCGCCCAAAACUGGCUACUGGCGUAAACACUUUCAUGAAGGAUGCCAAAUCCUUAUUCCGUCAGUAUCCCGCACGAAUUACCAUUUCUCGCUUGGAUGAUGAAGUUGCAGCAGGUUAUGACUUGGAGGACUACUCUCUUGAAAUCGAAGGCACAGAGUCCUCACCAUCAGCACAGGUAGAACGCAGUAGCGGCAAAGAAGGUGUUCACGCUCGAGCACCACCCGAGCGACGAGGCGACCUAAAGAGUCUGAUAUUCGAAUACGGCGCCCCCAUCCGAGUUAAAUGGACCGCACCUCUGAACCACAGCAAAAGGGACUGGGUAGGUCUGUACAUGGUCACCGACAACACCCGCCGAGAAGUCACCCGCGUCUCUUCUCAGGGACGAUGGAUCGCCACCAACGAAGGGGCUUACGACAGCCUCACCUGCGAAAAGGGUCUUAUAUCCAGCGACAUCGUGAUAUCCGCCUCUCGCCGCCGAGACGGCGAAAACCGUGACCUCGCAUCCGGCGAAAUGGUAUUCUCGGGCGACAAACUCUUCUGGACUACAGGUGUUUUCGAGUUCCGCUACCACCACAACGGCAAACACAACGUCAUGGCGAUUUCGCGACCGUUUGAGAUUCGCAUUGGCCGCUUCGAUGAAGAUGAUGUCCUCAAUAUGGAUAAUAAUACUACCAGUUCCAAUAGCGAUGCUAUAAUCCAAGCGGCUAUUGAAGAGGCUUUGUUACCUGUUGUGCGAAAUUGUUUCGAUAGAGAUCCGGAGAUUGCGCCGGAGACGUACGAUGAGCAUUUUGGGAGUUUGGUGGAUCGGGAUGGGAAGUAUGCUAAGCGUGUUGUUUUUGCGGUUCAUCAGAUGUUCGGCAUCGAGCUUGCUCCAGAAGUUGUCCGUGCAGACGGGAAUGUACGAAAUAUGGCAUGGAGAAUCUGUAAUGCGAAGAAAGUUUUGGCACCGUACAGCAUGUCCCGGUCAAGAGGGACGAGUACGCCGACAACUCAAGAAAAGGAAUUAUCAUAA